AUGAAGAAACCGAUUCUGGCCAACCUUAAAGUGUUUGGAUGCCACGCGUAUGUUCAAGUGCCUCAAGACAAACGCGCGAAGUUCGACUCCAAGUCAUCACUCUGUCGUUUCCUGGGAUACGCCGAACACCAGAAGUCAUAUCGAUUUGAGGAAGUGUCAACAGGAGCGAUCAAGAUCAGUCGCGAUGCCACAUUCAUGGAAGACAAGUUUGAUGAAGGUCCGCGCAACUACAACGAUGAGUCAAGUGUCGUUGAGUUUGAUGAUCAUGAUGAGGACGAAGAAAAAGAAGAAGGUAAAACUGACGACGACAUGGACUCGAGCGACGAUGACAACGAAGACACCAGGUCUUCGAAGAGCAACAUCAAGAGACACACGCGCACUCAAUCACUUGAGAAAGCUACCGUCAUUCCAAGUCCCAAGCGAAGAACAUACAGAGGUCCGUCGCUUGAGCAUGUGUCAGCGGCUGCAAUGGAUUUUGAAGCAGCCUACAUCGUUGAUUCAGUGGGGGAAACGCCGACUACAUUCAAGUCGGCGAUGGAAUCAAGCGACUCCGGCAAGUGGAAAGAAGCGUGUGACUCGGAGUUCGAUUCGCUUCAGAGAAACGACACGUGGGAAAUCGUGCCUCUUCCGAAAGGUCGCAAGGCCAUCGGGUGCCGAUGGGUUUUUCGUGUAAAGGAGAAUCAAGAUGGCGAAGUUGAACGUUUCAAGGCAAGACUUGUGGCCAAAGGAUUCUCACAGAAAUUCGGAGUUGACUAUGAAGAAACUUUCGCACCGGUGGCCAAGUUCACAUCGAUUCGUGUGGUGCUCAGUAUGGCGGCCAAGUACGGCCUAAUGCUACAUCAGAUGGACGUCAAGACAGCGUUUCUUAACGGCUCCCUCAACGAAGACAUCUACAUGGACCAGCCGGACGGAUACCUGGAUGCAACACAGCCGGACUAUGUGUGCAAGCUAAAGAGAUCACUCUACGGCUUGAAGCAAUCGCCUCGCAUGUGGAACCAAACAAUCGAUGGGUUCAUGAUCAAGAUGGGAUUCAAGAAGUGCGAAUCGGACCACUGCAUCUACAUCAAGCGAGACGACCAAGACAUGAUUCUCGUGGUGCUCUACGUCGAUGAUCUCAUCCUGGCCAGCAGCAACAACGAACUCCUCAAGUCAACCAAGAUGGCGCUGAGCAAACGCUUCGAAAUGACGGAUCUCGGUGAGCUCGAUUACUUUCUCGGCAUGGAGAUCAAGAACGACCGUAAGACGGGAAUGGUGACUGUACAACAAACCAAGUUUCUCAAGUCCGUGUUAACCAAGUUCGGAAUGGAUAACAGCAAGCCAGUGAAGACGCCUCAAGAUCCCGGCCUGAAGCUAACCAAGAACAUGUGUGAACAAGAAUGCAAGCACGAAGACACCAUGUGCAACGUGCCAUAUCGAAGUGCUGUCGGAGGCAUCAUGUAUCUCAUGGUCGCCACACGUCCGGAUCUAGCUGCUGCAGUGGGAUCAUUAUCCCAGUUCUCGUCCGACCCAUGCCCGACUCACUGGCAAGCUUUGAAGCGUGUGCUGAGAUACCUGCAAGCAACGCCCAAUCAUGGUCUUGAGUUUACACGUGAAGAAGGAAGCCGUAUCUGCGGGUACACCGACGCAGACUGGGCCGGCGACAUUGAGUCAAGACGAAGUACAAGCGGCUAUGUGUUCAUGAUGAGCGGAGGAUGCAUCAGCUGGAAAAGCCAGAAACAACGGACGGUCGCGCUAUCUUCAACAGAAGCAGAAUACAUGGCGCUUUCCGAAGCAAACCAAAGAAGCAGUAUGGCUCAAAGUGCUUUUGGGGGAACUUGGUGA